AUGAAGUAAGUGAUUUUAUGUAACUAUUUAAUCCAACAGGAAUUGUUAAGAAGUAUAAAUCUAGAGUUAUAAGAAUCUCUCAAUCCAUUAAGAGAUUUAAGAACACGUUUAAACUAAUAAUGUGAAAGGAUUCUAUAAGACAUCUAAUCAAUAAAUCAGAUUCUAAAUGAAGAAGAAUCAAUCUUCUCAGAAAAUUAAUAAGAAAAUUAACAUCAGGAACAUCAGAAUCAUGACCUUAAUUCAUAUGUGUCUAUGAGUAUGUCUUAAGGUUAUUAAAGCCGAAUUAAAAGUUCAUUACUGGAAUCAUACAAACAAGUCAUUUAGAAUUCAUAAUAAUAACGCGAGGAGCUAUGUUAAAUUCUUCCUGAAUAAUUAAGAUGCUAAUAUAAUUAAACUUUAACAAUAAUUUUAGUUUUCGAUCAUUUGGUAAACGCAUAUGAAAUUGAAAUUGAUUCACAAGCGUCUAUAGGAGAUUUAGCUCAAGAAUUCAAAAUUGUUCUUAAUCAUCAAAAAGAAAUACUUUUUUCUUUUGAAGGCAAUAUUUUAGAAGAGGAAUUUACGUUUCAAUAACUAAAUAUUUAAAAUGGUUAUACCCUCUAAGCUUAACUAAUUUAUUGA